AUGCACGAUCAGAAUUUCGCCAUUCUACAAGUCAAUAUGAGCGUGAAAGAAAUGAGUGAAGGAGAUCGGCUAAGCGAUACCGUAUCUCCCAAACUUUUCAGUGCGGCUGUCGAGAACAUCAUGCGUCAUUUGGACCAGGAAGAUUCUGGAGUGCAGGUCGAAGGCCGCUUCUCACAUCGUCUGAGUUCGCUGACAAUAUUGUGCUUAGCACAUCGAACAUCGAAAAGGCGGAACGAGCGCAGACCAAACUCGACAGUGAAAAGUUUGCUUGGGACUGAUCUUAAAGGCAGUUCACGAUGA